AUGGACUUGGGGAAUCACAGCAUCAUCCUCGAGUUCAUCCUCCUUAGACUGUCUGCUGACUCCCAUGUCCAGACUCUGCUCUUUGUGCUGUUCCUGGGAAUUUACGUCAUGACCCUGAUGGGGAACCUGUUGAUGCUGCUGGUUGUCAGGGAAGAUUCUCAGCUCCACACCCCCAUGUAUUUCUUCCUGAGUCAUCUCUCCUUCCUGGAUUCUUGCUUCUCUUCUGUCACAGUGCCAAGGCUGCUGGAGAAUCUCCUGUCGCAGAGGAAAACCAUCUCUGUUACAGGCUGCCUGGCUCAGGUCUUCUUUGAGUUGGAGUCUUUGGGCACAGAAGUCUGCCUGCUUGCAGUGAUGUCCUAUGACCGCUAUGUUGCCAUCUGCCACCCCCUGCUCUAUGGACAGAUGAUGAGCAACCAGCUCUGUAAGGGACUGGUGUGGGUGUCCUGGGGCCUGGGCCUUCUGGAUGCAUUCAUCAACAUCCUUCCAGCUAUGAACUUGGACUUCUGUGGUGAUAAGUCCAUCCCUCACUAUAGCUGUGAUCUGCCCUCCCUCUUCCCUCUUUCCUGUUCUGAUGUAUCCAUAAAUUUUAUAGUCCUGCUCUUCUCCAGUAUCGUGCAUGGAAUUGGAACCUGCUUCCUAAUAGUUUAUUCCUACAUCCGCCUUGUCUUCACCAUCUUGGGCAUCAGCUGCUCCUCAGGUAGGCACAAGGCCUUCUCCACCUGCUCCUCCCACCUCAUCGUAGUGCUUCUGUUUUAUGGUUCAGCCAUUCUUCGUUAUCUAAUGCCAGUCUCGGGGUCACCAUUGGAAUUGAUCUUCUCUGUACAGUACAGUGUGGUGACUCCCUUAGUGAAUCCCCUCAUCUAUAGCCUGAAAAACAAUGAGGUGAAAGCAGCUCUGAGAAGGACCUUGGGAAAAUAUCUCCACUGUAUCAGGAAGCUGUCCUGA